CUGGUUGCUGUCUUUCACGAUUCUUCUCCUCAAUACCAGGAACAAGAUGAAGAACUUUAAGAGACGGUUCUCGCUGUCGGUCCCACGUACUGAAACCAUCGAGGAGAACGAGUUCACUGAACAAAUCAACCAGCUGAACAUCAGACACACCCAGGGCCUGACUCCAGACAGACUCGGUCCUCCGUCCCACGAUGCCAGCCCAGUGAGCCCUGAAGCUAAAACACCAGGAGCUCACUCUCCAUCCCACCUCCACUACCACAGCCAGGCUCAGCACAGACGCUUUUCCAUGGAAGAUGUGAGCAAACAGAUGGCUCUGCCCAUGGACAUCCGUCUACCUGCAGAAUUUCUCCAGAAACUGCAACUGGAAAGUGAAAAUUCUCCACUCUGCAAACCUCUGAGCCGCAUGUCCCGACGGGCUUCCCUGUCUGAUAUAGGAUUUGGGAAACUGGAAACGUAUGUGAAGCUUGGAAAACUAGGUGAGGGAACGUAUGCUACAGUUUUUAAAGGAAGAAGCAAGCUAACGGAGAACCUGGUGGCCCUGAAGGAGAUUCGUCUUGAGCAUGAGGAGGGGGCGCCCUGCACCGCCAUCAGAGAAGUGUCUCUGCUGAAGAACCUCAAACACGCCAACAUCGUCACGUUGCACGACAUCAUCCACACGGACCGCUGCCUCACGCUGGUGUUUGAGUAUCUGGACAGCGACCUUAAGCACUACUUGGACAACUGUGGAAAUCUAAUGAGCAUGAAUAACGUCAAGAUCUUUAUGUUCCAGCUGCUGCGUGGUCUUUCCUACUGCCACAAAAGAAAAAUCCUCCACAGAGACCUGAAGCCCCAGAAUCUUCUCAUCAACGAUAAAGGCGAACUCAAACUGGCUGAUUUCGGUCUGGCCAGAGCUAAAUCUGUUCCCACCAAGACCUACUCCAACGAGGUGGUGACUCUGUGGUAUCGACCCCCCGACGUGCUCCUGGGCUCCACCGAAUACUCCACGCAUAUCGACAUGUGGGGUGUAGGUUGCAUUCUGUUUGAGAUGGCAACAGGUCGUCCGAUGUUUCCUGGUGCCACAAUAAAGGAGGAGCUACAUUUGAUUUUUAGAGUCAUGGGGACUCCGACAGAAGAAACUUGGCCUGGAAUCAGCGGCAACGAGGAGUUCAGGUCUUACCUCUUCCCCCAGUACAGAUCUCAACCUCUCAUCAACCACGUGCCCCGGUUGGACACAGAGGGAAUCGAUCUGCUGACAGCUUUGCUUCUGUACGACACCAGAACCAGAAUCUCCUCUGAAGCCGCUCAGCACCACCCCUACUUCCAGAGUCUGGGGGAAGACAUUCAUCAUUUGGCUGACAACGCUUCAGUGUUUUCCCUCAGAGAGGUGCAGCUCCACAAAGAUCCAGGACAUCGAAGUUCAGUGUUUCAGCCUCUAAGCCGAGGAAAGAACCGACGACAGAGCAUCUUCUAGACGCUGCAGAAGAAGAAGAAGAAGAGAAGCUGCCUUUCAAAUCCAGAACAACCAAGAACCAUCAAGCAACCAGUAAACAGAUAUCCCCCCCCCCCCCCUCCGUCACUCACUCCAAGGCAGCAGCUGAACCUGAAGGUUCACAUUCACUCUCCUUCCAAACACAAACAUUCAUGUUCAACAUGUUUGCACUAAAUAAAAACAUCAUGGCGGCGGCGGCGGCCAUUAGC